AUGAUGUCCAUGUACCGAUCAUCGUCGCUGCUCUUGGCCACUGCCAGUCGUCGUGUCUAUCAUUCGACGGCCAAGUCAUUGAAAGCAUCCGUCGAUACAACGACGACCACAAAAGCCAAGGUUGUGACAGAAGCCGCCGUGGAAAAGACCAGUGGAGGCAUUGCGUCGUUUCCCAAGGAACAUCCCUUUGCCUUUCAACUCAUGGUCGCCACGGGCAAGACCAGUGCCGCCGAUUUGGUCUGCCAAGUAGUCGCCGAACGCAAGUCCUGGAAUGAAAUUGACUGGAAACGCAAUGGCAUCUUUGUCGUAUUUGGGUUUGUCUAUCUGGGUGGAUUCCAAUACUGGCUCAUGGUCAACAAGUACCGACAAUGGUUCCCCACCAUGGACCGAUUUGCCAAACUGCCCUUUGCGGAAAAACUCAAGGAUACGGCCGGGAUUUUGGAUGCCAUGAAAAUGGUACUCUUUGAUGUGACUGUUCAUUUGCCCAUUAUUUACUUCCCAUCCUACUAUGCCGUCAAGGAAUUUGUCGGAGGACAUUCGUGGAACCCGGCUGACUGGGUCAAGGAUGGUGUCACCAAAUACUCUCGCAACAUGAAGGAAGAUCUGACGGCCAUGAUCCAAUUGUGGGGACCUUCCGAUUGUAUCCAAUUCGUCUUGCCAAUGCACAUUCGAAUGCCCUUUCGACACUUGGUCUCUUUCUUUUGGACUGCCUAUGUCAGUUUUACCCGUGGUGCCAUUGAGGUUGACGAGGAAGUUGUGGUAGUGGCGGCUGUCGUCGAACCACAAGAACCAGAAAAGGCCACAGUGCAAGCAGCGCAAUGA